GUAGACUCGAUAUUCAGACAACAAAAACAAUGAGAAAAUUAACAAGUUGCCUCUACUAUCUGAAACAUAAGUGAACUUAGAGGCUGUAUAUAGCAUAAUUUAUUAAAGGAAUUUCCUUUCUAUAUAUAUAAUAGAAAACUCUCCUACCAGCUGGUCAUGUGGUAGUUGUCAUGUCUAGUUUUUUUUUGUUGUUAUUGUUAUUGUGUUCUUCUCUUUUGUUGAUGUGUGAAUCUACGUGUUCUUGUAUCCUUUUGGCUGUGUAUAUAGUUAAUGAAUAUAGAGACUGGGUUAAUAAAUCCAUUAUCUAAAAAAAUGUGACAAAUGUUGGCAUAUGUUUUAUGGAUGCAUGGUUAUGGGGAUGGCUAUUAUGUUGGUCAUCACCAUUGACACUAUUGUUUUAUGAUGUUAUAUGCUUUGUUUUUAUUUUCUUCUGCUCUAUUGAUACAUGACCUUUAAGUAGUUACUUGCCAGCGUUCUUUGUCUACCAUAAGAGUCUGGGAUGCUAUGCGAUUAAAAACUCUCUACUCUCUAGUAAAGAAUGGACUAUACUCACUUUUCUCACAAGUGUAGUAUGACAUGUAUGCAACGCUUGCUUUGUACAAGAAAAGCCCUCUUUUCACAUGCAUUUUUGUCCAUGCAUGCACGCUGAUCGAGCUCUUGAUAUAGUAUCUUUUGGUUGUUUAUUUUAACACCCUUUCUUUUGGAUAAACACACACCUCCCUUUUUUGUAGGAUCUCCAUUUGCAGUUUUAUCCUUUUGAGCCACGAAACAAGGAAGUCAGUUGGCACUCAACAGCCACGUCCACGAAGCCUCCCUCUGCACGAUCGAGCGCACGUACACGAGCAGCACGCGCUAUGGCAUUGGGAAUUUGGGAAUCAGCAGGCGGCCGCCACAGCAAUAUAAUACCCCGCCGGUCGACAACUCGACAUCACCACCUGAUCAAGCGCGGCGCGCAGCCUUGCACCGGAUCCGAUCCAUGAGCUCCUCUCCUCCUCCGUGCUCCAAGACCGCCGCCGGUCAUGCGCCGGCCAGGUACUGCCUGUGCGCGCCGACGACGCACCCGGGCUCGUUCCGGUGCAGGCUGCACCGGUCGUCGUCAUCAAUGGAUGCCACGGCGGCAGCAUCGGAGGAGGCCAAGGAAGCAGCCGCCGCCGCCGCGCGCGCGUUCCUGGAGCGGAUGACGACGGCCCGGAAGCCGAGGCGGCAGGGCGUGUCUGGGACGAUUUUCUUGCCUGGACCUUCGAGGCUGGGAGCCACCGCCACGGCGGAUGAGUAACCCUCCGUAUAGUCGUUCCUGCCGCCAUGGCUAUAUAUGUAGAGAGAAAUUUGUUAGACUUGUAGUGAUGGUGUCAUAUGGUAUAUAUGGGCAUAUGGUGCCGUCGUGUGCAUGCUGGAAGUCACAUACUUGAUACUUCCUUUGGUUCAUUUGCAUUUUGUACACAUACUUGCAGAUGCAGUGUCUAUGUGCUAGAGAAUUAGAAUAUUUCAAUUCCAGAUAGCAGAUAGUACUAUAUAUAUUCGCAAUUUACAGCCAAAAUGUUUGGCUUGACGAUUAACUCCAUCUGGUAUGGUUCGUUCAACUUCAACAUGCAGGAAGGAACAUGAAAGGGUUGGUGAAGGACGACACAGACUUGCCAUGCAAACCAAACGCUACGCUUAGAUUCACGGAACAACGCGGCAGCCUCCGAAUCAACUUCUGCACAAUCGCUUGCGUUGAAAGCAAUAUAUAGCACUGUGCCAUCAACUGAACUGAAGACAUUGUUGGAAAAAGAAAGCUCUUUUUUUAGAUGUUGGACAGUGGACACUAAACAUCACAUUGCAUC